AUGGCGAUGGCGGCCUACAGCAACCAAGCGCAGGCGAUGAUGAGGGACUACCUGCUCGCCGACCCGCUCGUCCCCUACACCUCCGUGCUCAUCGGCGUUUUCCUCUGCAAGAUGGCUUAUGACCUCACACGGAUAUUGAGCUCAUUCUACUUCAAGGGCUAUUCUUCUUUGACAAAAAUACAGCGUGUUGAAUGGAACAACAGGGGUAUGUCCAGUGCACAUGCGAUCUUUAUCGCAGCAGUAUCAGUAUAUCUUGUUGCAUCUACAGAUCUUUUCUCUGAUCGCCUUAAUGGGCCUAUUACAUUCCGCAGUUCGAUCAUCUCCACCUCUGCAUUAGGGGUUUCUGUGGGUUACUUCAUCACUGAUCUUGCAAUGAUCUUCUGGUUGUUUCCUUCCCUUGGUGGAAUGGAAUAUGUACUCCAUCAUACUCUUUCUCUGGUUGCAAUAGCCUACACAAUGUUGUCAGGGGAGGGGCAGUUUUACACAUACAUGAUUCUUAUUUCAGAAACAACCACCCCUGAAAUCAACAUGAGAUGGUUCCUUGACACCGCUGGAUUGAAGAAGUCGAGCGCCUACCUGAUUAAUGGUAUUUUGAUAUUUGUUGUAUGGCUGGUGGCAAGGAUAUUUUUGUUCCUGUAUGUAUUUUACCACAUCUAUUUGCACUACAGCCAGAUAAUGAAGAUGCACGCAUUUGGUUAUUACCUGACACUGACCGUGCCGUCGGUGCUCUUUGUCAUGAACGCAAUGUGGUUUACGAAGAUUUUGAAAGGGGUAAUGAAAACACUGUCGAAAUGGUCGUAA